UAGUAUGAGAUGGGAUCCUUCGUGUUUUUUAAGUUAAUAUUUAGGUUUGUAAUCGUCCUAACGAUUCUUCACCUCAAAUACAUUACAGUGUUGUGCUGCGAACAAAAAUCAUUAUACAGCUCCGAUUUACGCGACGUAGAACGGACCACAACGUUUUGGAAACCCAUUUGCCAUGGGUCCGAAAAAGUAUCAUCGCUCCCGUUCUGGCUCUCGUAGUCGGAACCGAAACAGGUCCAAAAUAAGUAGAUCACGAUCACCCGAAGAGAAAAUAUGCCGGAGUCGGUCCGUGGGUCGGAAACAAAAUCCCCGGAGAAUUGCGCGUUCUGAGAGCGGAAGCUCGGACAGCAGUGGUGGAUCUGCGGGGCGACAAUGGCCGCCUAGCAGAGGCCAUCCCGGGUCGAGAAGCGACUCAGACAGCGACAAGAGACGUAAACUGAAGGGCAAGUCAAAAGACCGAUCCAGCUCUGACUCAGAUGAUCCAAAGGAGAGGAAGGAAAGAGAGAAAAUUAAAGGCAGAAGAGAAGACAAAGGAGAGAAGAGAAGGGGCUGGAGCCAGUCCCAGUCCGAUUUAGGGUCCAGUGCAGACCGGAAUAGAGUGAGGGAUGGGGGGAGCAUUGACCGGGAGAGGAGAUGGCAGAGGAGUGCAGACAGAGGGAGCAGAAGCCCUAGCAGAGAGAGGGAACGACAGAUCAGGGAGAGAAUGAAAAGCAGAGAGAGGGACCGAAGCCGAGGUGAGGAGAGUAGUCAAGACAGAGAGAGAAGCAGCAGGGGGAGUGAAAACCACGGGAGGAGAGAGGGAAGCAGAGGUAGGGACAAAGAUAGGAAAAGACGUCGCUCUGGCUCCUCUGACUCGUCUAAGAGCUCUGGGUCGGAGGGCGGGGCCCGUGGAGGCAGCCCGGGGUCCGGAGAGGCCGGACCCUCGGUCCGAGAUGAGAAGAAGAACCAGAGAGAGAUGCUGAAGGCCCUGGAGACCCCAGAGGAGAAGAGGGCCAGACGACUGGCCAAGAAGGAGGCCAAGGAGAGGAAGAAGAGGGAGAAGAUGGGCUGGAGUGAGGAGUAUAUGGGCUAUACCAAUGCAGACAACCCCUUUGGAGACAACAACCUGCUGGGCACCUUCAAAUGGCAGAAGGCUCUAGACAGGAAGGGCAUUGGCCAUCUGGGUGAGAAGGACCUGAAAGACAGAAACAAACGCAUCCAGGAGGAGAAUCGCAGAGAACUGCAGAAGGUGAAGCAGCUGCGACUGGAGAGGGAGAGAGAGAAGGCCAUGAGAGAGACAGAGCUGGAGAUGCUGCAGAGAGAGAAGGAGGCAGAGCAUUUCAAAACCUGGGCAGAACAAGAGGAUAACUUCCACCUGCACCAGGCCAAGCUACGGUCUAAGAUCCGUAUCCGUGACGGCCGUGCUAAGCCCAUAGACCUGUUGGCUAAGUACAUCAGUGCUGAGGAUGACGACCUGGCUGUGGAGAUGCACGAACCUUACACCUUCCUCAACGGACUCACCGUCACUGACAUGGACGACCUGCUUGAAGACAUCAAGGUGUACAUGGAGCUGGAGCAGGGCAAGAAUGUGGACUACUGGAGGGACAUGACCACCAUCACAGAGGACGAGAUAAGCAAGCUCCGGAAACUGGAGGCAUCUGGAAAAGGCCCAGGUGACCGUCGUGAUGGCAUUAACACGUCAGUGAGCACCGAUGUUCAGAUAGUGUUUAAGGGAAAGACGUACAGCCAGCUCCAGGCGCUGAACCUCAACAUGGAGACUAAGAUCCGAGCUGGGGGAUCCAACCUGGACAUAGGCUACUGGGAGAGUCUGAUGCAGCAAGUCAGGGUCUUCAUGGGCCGAGCACGGUUGAGAGAGAGGCACCAGGAUGUGUUGCGUCAGAAGCUGUUCAAGCUGAAACAGGAGCAGGGAGUGGAGAGUGUGCCUCUCUUCCCCAUUAUCAAAGAGGAGCCUGAGGAAGAGGAUGUGACCGAGAAAGAAGACCCUCCCUCAAAGGAGCCUGGCGCCGCCUCUUCCUCCCCUUCCGCCAAUCAGAAGAGCGCUACAGAGAAGGAUGACCAAGUGGCAGGCCCAUCCACAGAGGGAGAUGUUGAGAAGGAGGGAGAGGAGAAGGGUGAGGUGGUAGAGGCCGUUCUGACCGAGGAGGAUUUGAUCCAGCAGAGCCAGGCAGAGUAUGACUCUGGCCGCUACAGUCCCACCCUGCUGCUGCCCUCAGAGCUACCGCUGGACACACACACCAUCACACCUGAUGAAGACACACAAAAACUACACCUCUCACGCAGACAGCUCGCCGUCACAGGUGAUGCCAAUGAGAAUGCGGAGGAUGAGUUUGUGCGUCGUGCCAAACAGGGCAUGGGCGGGGACGAGGCUCAGUUUAGCGUGGAGCUUCCCCUAACGGGCAAGAUGUACCUGUGGGCCGACAAAUACCGUCCCCGGAAACCACGCUUCUUCAACAGGGUCCACACAGGCUUUGAGUGGAACAAAUAUAACCAGACGCAUUACGACUUCGACAACCCUCCGCCUAAGAUUGUCCAGGGCUACAAGUUCAACAUCUUCUACCCGGACCUGAUCAACAAACGUUCCACGCCGCAGUACUUCCUAGAACCCAGUCCUGACAACAAGGACUUUGGGGUUCUGCGGUUCCACGCGGGCCCGCCAUAUGAGGACAUUGCCUUUAAGAUCGUGAACCGCGAGUGGGAGUACUCUCACCGUCAUGGGUUCCGCUGUCAGUUCGCCAAUGGGAUUUUCCAGCUGUGGUUCCACUUCAAGAGGUACCGCUACAGGAGAUAGAACUGGCUACCUGUCCAACACCAACCCAGACUGGGAACCUCAGACUGCCAGGUUUUAACCAUAGAUAUGCAAUGUUAAUGUACUUUGUAUCUGUUGUGUUUUUAUUGGUUGUCUUAGUGUUAACCUUUCUCUUUGUUAUCACUACGGCAACCCAGACCAUUCCGUUGUCACAAAGAAUGGUUUCUAUUUGUUUGAUCAGCUACUGCUUUUCAAUGUACAGUUGAAGUUGGAAGUUUACAUACACCUUAGCCAAAUACAUUUAAACUCAGUUUUUCACAAUUCCUGACAUUUAAUCAUCCUAGUAAAAAUUCCCUGUUUUAGGUCAGUUAGGAUCACCACUUUAUUUUAAGAAUGUGAAUUGUCAGAAUAAUAGUAGAGAAUUAUUUAUUUCAGCUUUUAUUUCUUUCAUUACAUUUACAUUUAAGUCAUUUAGCAGACACUCUUAUCCAGAGCGACUUACAACACAUUCCCAGUGGGUCAGAAGGUUACAUACACUCAAUUAGUAUUUGGUAGCAUUGACUUUAAAUUGUUUAACUUGGGUCAAAUGUUUCAGGUAGCUUUCCACAAGCUUCCCACAAUAAGCUGGGUGAAUUUUGGCCCAUUCCUCCUGACAGAGCUGGAGUAACUGAGUCAGGUUUGUAGGCCUCCUUGCUCGCACACACUUUAUCAGUUCUGCCCGCACAUUUUCUAUGGGAUUGAGGUCAGGGCUUUGUGAUGGCCACUCCAAUACCUUGACUUUGUUGUCCUUGAGCCAUUUUGCCUCAACUUUGGAAGUAUGCUUGGGGUCAUUGUCCAUUUGGAAGAUCCAUUUGCAACCAAGCUUAACUUCCUGACUGAUGUCUUGAGAUGUUCAAUAUAUCCACAUCAUUUUCCUUCUUUCCUCAUGAAGCCAUCUAUUUUGUGAAGUGCACCAGUCCCUCCUGCAGCAAAGCACCCCCACAACAUGAUGCUGCCACCCCCGUGCUUCACUGUUGGGAUGGUGUUCUUCGGCUUGCAAGCCUCCCCCUUUUCUCUCCAAACAUAACAAUGGUCAUUAUGGCCAAACAGUUCUAUUUUUGUUUCAUCAGCCCAGAGGGCAUUUCUCAAAAAAGUACGAUCUUUGUCGCCAUGUGCAGUUGCAAACUGUAGUCUGGCUUUUCUAUGGCGGUUUUGGAGAAGUGGCUUCUUCCUUGCUGAGCAGCCUUUCAGGUUAUGAGGAUAUAGAUACUUUUGUACCUGUUUCCUCCAGCAUCUUCACAAGGUCCUUUGCUGUUGUUCUGGGAUUGAUUUACAGUUUUUGCACCGGAGUACGUUCACCUCUAGGAGACAGAACGCGUCUCCUUCCUGAGUGGUAUGACGGCUGCGUGGUCCCAUGGUGUUUAUACUUGCGUACUAUUGUUUGUACAGAUGAACGUGGUACCUUCAGGUGUUUGGAAAUUGCUCCCAAGGAUAAAUCAGACCUGUGGAGGUCUAUAAUAAUAAUAAUUUUUUUUUUGUGUCAAGCAAAGAGGUACUGAGUUUGAUGGUAGGCCUUGAAAUACAUCCACAGGUACACCUCCAAUUGACUCAUUUAAUUUUAUUUUUUUACCUUUAUUUAACCAGGCAAGUCAGUUAAGAACAAAUUCUUAUUUUCAAUGACUGCCUAGGAACAGUGGGUUAACUGCCUGUUCAGGGGCAAAACGACAGAUUUGUACCUUGUCAGCUCGGGGGGUUUGAACUUGCAACCUUCCGGUUACUAGUCCAACGCUCUAACCACUAGGCUACCCUGUCACCCCAUCAUAUGUCAAUUAGCCUAUCAGAAGCUUCUAAGGCCAUGACAUCAUUUUCUGGAAUUUUCCUACCUGUGUAAAGGCACAGUCAACUUAGUGUAAGUAAACUUCUGACCCACUGGAAUUGUGAUACAGUGAAUAAGGGAAAUAAUCUGUCUGUAAACAAUUGUUGGAAAAAUUACUUGUCAUGCACAAAGUAAUGUCCUUAACUGCCUUGCCAAUGACUCCAACCUAAGUGUAUAUGAACUUCUGACUUCAACUGUACCUGUCUCUGAAAUGACAUAUUAAAGAUUAUUUUCCUAGCUGGCUUCCAUUUGAUGCAAUCAGAGCUGUUAGAGGUAAAACUUUCUAAUAAAUCAUAUUCAAUUAAAGAAACAUCUUAACUUA